AUGGCCGGAAAGGCUGAAGAUCGGCUUAUCGGUUCUGUUGAGCAGCCACCAGCUUCAUGUCAUGGCUCAAAUUUCCGCAGUGUGGGAAAUCUCUCCAUCACCAACGAUAAUACCUCAAUUGGAGUGCUGAUGGACGUCCCCCAAUCAGAACGGCUCGGAAAGUGUAAUACGAAGUUCCUCAUGAAGGAGGCGUUGUCAAGCAUCCGCCGGCAUAGUAGGGUCUUGGCGCACGCUUUGUUUGUCCAGGCAUCCCGAACUUAUGAAAAUUGGCAAGUUGCGAAAAGGAACGUUGCGCACCCAGAGUUGACUCGUGAUGCGUUCGCAAUUAAAUCCCACAUACAUACAGCCAUGAGGCAGGAUAGAAUUCAAUUCGACAUCAAGGCUCUCGGGACGAACGUUGGAGCCAAACACCGCAGCCGACGACAGAACUGGAGACUCAUGCCUGUCAUUGGCCUGUCAAAUACUGUCUGUGUCGGACUAGAUCUGCCAAGCCUAGGACGACCCGUGGUCGGGAGCGGCUUGGUUAGGAGGGUGGGAAGCGUGUUUGGAAGCACGCGGCGGCGAGGAGACCAGUCAGGACUCUGCGAAAAUGGAACAAGGGGAUGGCUGCCUGUGGGAAAUGGUGAAGACGCCAGUGAGGUCGAAGUCGCCUACACCCCUUUGGAAUGCGGUGCGUUUCGAGACCGAAUAUACGGUAGCUUCUCGUCCCGGUCGGAAUUCUCUUCCAGUACGGAAUACGGAUUCGAGAAGGACCACGUAUAUACGCUCGUUUUAGUUUCCAUUUCACUGUUCAACAGUGUGGGCGCGAAAUUCAGUGGUUCGGCUCGCUUAUUUAUCCCCAUCUGCUCUUUUAUUCUAGACUGCUCAACGAGUAAGAACGAUUUGAGUACUCCAUUGAUCGAUGUUCUGUUGCAAAGGGGCCACUUGUCGAAGUCACAAGGCUCGCUAUCACUCUAUUUCAUCCCGGAUGACAGGGAUUGCCUUGCCUUAAUGGAAGACAGACAUCCCCUCAUCUGCAGCACCAAGAUCCACGAAAGCUGUAUCUACGGUGUUGCCCGAAAUACGAAAGCAAACCUUAACCCUAAUAAUCCCAAAUUGGGAUGUGGCAACAUGACUUUACAGUCCCCUCAGCCAACUGGCAGCCAGAACCCCUGA